ACCACCUUCAAGCUCAUGAAGGGCCGCGUCGAGCGCGUGGCCAUGCUGGGCGUCCCGGGCAUCGGCAAGAGCCGCAAUUUGGCGCUGGGCCUCUGGCACGGGGUGACGGGCAAUCUGCCAGAAGGGUUCCGGCAGCCCGAGGCCAUCGUCUACGAAGCCCGGGAGGGUGGCAGGGUCUUCCUGUUCACCAAGGACUCGGAUGACCAGUGGAAGGCACAGCGCCUGCCGAUGAGUGAAUGGGCAGCUGACGCCUGCAAGCACCUGGAGAACCCCAACAACUGGUAUUUAGUGGAUGCUUCCGAGACAACCACCACCCUGAAGUUGACUGCCAAGACAUGGCUCGCCUGCAGCCCAGAACGGGACCACUACUCGAAAUUUGUCAAAGACGGCGGCUGCUGCGUCUAUAUUGAAUCGUGGUCGAAAUCUGAGCUUCAAGCGGCAUUCGGUCCCAUUCAAAACGUGGAUGGCUGCGACAUGCUUCUGAAAAGGUACGACAAGAUCGGAGGAAACCUGCGGGGCACCGCUGACCGUGCUUCCUGGCAACUGAAAAGGGGCGACGACUUGAUGAUCGCAGAGAACUUGCAGUUAGUGGAGUGCGAUUCCGUAGCCCUUUUUGAGGAGAGAUGGUUGAAUGCAGUGAAGCAAGGAACCCUAUCGCAACAGGUUUUGAGUAGCCCAGCCGGUUACCCGGGCAUCGACUACCUGCNNGUUCAACCACGGCAUCCAGGUGACCACAUCCAAAACGCACAGCGUUGCACAGGAAUUUCGCGAGAUCUUGAAGAAGAUGUUCAAUGGAACUCGCCACAGUUUCACUCUCACGUUUCUCAUUACAGGAGAGCCGAAGAAAUUCACGCCGGCACCAGGCGAUUUCAACAAAUUCAUGAAAAUGUCGGGGCUAGGACAGUUGUUUCACAAUGUUUGUGUGCAGGUCGUGCAGAUUCCGCAGACUCUCAAUAG